AUGGCAUCAAAAAUCGGUGGUAAACUGAGGAAAAAGGAAGUUGUGAAGAGGGUUCAAAGUGCUUUUUUGAAGACAAAUAUCAAAGCGCAAUUAGCUUCAGCUGCUCCACCUUUGGGUGCUAAGUUGGGUAAUCGUGGAAUCAAUGUUGCGAAUUUUUGCAGUCAAUUUAAUAAAGAAACAGCUCAUAUUAAGCCAGGUACAAAUUUACCGACGAGGAUUUAUAUUAAACCAGAUCGUACAUUUGAUCUAGAAAUUUCUCCACCAACUGGAACAUGGUUGUUAAUGAAAGCCGCUGGAAUUGGCAGAGGAUCACAGCGUCCUGACAAUUACGAUAUUGUAGAAGAAUUCGCUGGAAGAAUUUCCGUGAAACAUAUUUAUGAGAUUGCGAAAGUGAAAUCUCAAGACAAAAUGCUCACUGGAGUUCCACUCAAGGAUGUUUGUCGAUAUCUUAUUCGGCAGAGUUUAUCAAUUGGUAUUGAAGUAGUACGCGAAGAUAUGGAUCCAGUUGAAUAUCGUAAAUUUUUAGAAGAGCGUCAAAAAAUCGUUGAAGAGCAAUUGCAGUUUCAUGCAGAAAAAAAGGCAACAAAGAUGCUUCGGGCAGCGUAG